UGUAAUAAUAUGUUGAAACUUGAAAAUAUUAACGAAUAAAGUGCAAACAGAAAAUAAUCUAGAAUUGAUUGGUUUGAAUGAAUGAAUGAAAAAACAAAACUGAAAUAUUACACAUGAUGACCAUGUAGUUUAGAAAAAUCAAUGCAGUUGUCAUCAUCACUUUUUUUGAUUACCAAUGACAAUGUUCAUGUAUACAGUGUAGUUUGUUUAAUGCCUCUGUCAAUCUGGAGGAAUAUCUUGAAGUAUUAACCAUUUUUUAAGUUUUGUCAUGAAUUUUGGUAUAACACAAUUAACUACAACUGCUACCACUACUUAUACUAAUACUAAUAAUAAUACUGUAACUACAGCGGCGACAGUAGCAUCUGCUAGCACAACAAUUGCCUCCAAUAGCGCUAGUAAAGAACCCGCAACUAUUGCACAUACAAGAACAGAAACACAAACCUCUAGUAACGCAUCCAUCAAUAUCAGCAAACAAAUUUCUAAUAGCAACUCAGUAAAUCCUUCGAAAUCAUUUACAACUCCGCAAAACUGCUUAGAAAUCUUAACAUCAAUUCAAAAUAAAACAGUUCCUAGCGAUUCUGUGUCUUCUGUUAAUUCUUCAUCUACAGCCGCUUCUAAUACCUCAACAUUACUACUCUUGCCGCCUUCUUCGUCCUCAUUGUCAUUGGCAUCUUCAAAUGCAUCAAUAGCACCGUUGGAAGCAUUUGGUGGUAUCCAGUCCAUAAAUAACGAAAAUUCUUCAGUUCACAUGGACGGGAAUGAAGAAAAUAUUGAAGAAAUAAAUAUUAGUUUUUAUUUCGAAAGAAAACUUCUCUUACCCGAAGAUUUGACAAAACAAAUUAAUCCAUCGAUUUCAGAUAAUUGUUCUAAUAUUGAAAAUAGUAUUUCUGGUACGGCUAACACUUUGAAAGAUGAUAAUUUGACAACAGAAAUUGACUUGAAUCAAUCUACAGAAUCUUCAAAAAUACAAACUGAACUAAACAUUUGCAGCAAUAUUGUAGAUAAUAUUGAGUUAGAAGACACAGUAAAUGAUUUAAGUUUCGGCGAAAGCAAGAUAUCGAUUAAUUCCACAAAUAUAUUACGCUGCGAUGAGGAUUCUUUAAGCAAAUCCAGUGAAAACUCUGGAGAUUUAUUAAGAUCCAUAUAUUCGUCUGAUUGUAUUGAUAAAAUCAAAAACGUUACACGUCUAUCAGAACGUGCUAAAAAGAAAUCGUGGUAUAACGUGUUAUAUCCCAAUUACAAGUCGCGUUCACAGGACUUUAAAAAAUUGUUUAAGGAGGUGCCAAAUGACGAACGUCUAAUUGUUGACUACUCCUGUGCCCUAUAUAGAGAUUUACUUAUACAGGGACGUUUGUAUAUAUCGCAGAAUUACGUUUGUUUUCAUGCCAACAUUUUGGGUUGGGAAACCUGUUUGAAUAUCAAGUGGAAAGACGUAACGUCCAUAACUAAAGAGAAAACCGCGCUUGUUAUACCAAACGCCAUUUCGAUUUGUACACCAAAAGAAAAAUUAUUUUUUUCGUCAUUCACUACGCGCGAUAAAACGUUUUUAAUACUCUUUCGAGUAUGGCAAAAUACAUUAAUGAAUAAACCCAUGCCAGCACAGGAGAUAUGGCAAUUAGUACACAAUUAUUAUGGUGAUGAACUAGGUCUCACAACAGAUGACGAAGACUAUAUAGAUCCAACCGCUGAAGAUCGGGACGACAACACUUCAAAUUUAGACUUUGUCUCUGCGAUAGAUGAUUCCAACUCAUUGAGUGCCUACGAAGAAGCUAUAGAAAAAUCCAGUUCAAAUAUUUACCAAGCAAUUGAUAGCAGUAGUGGAAACAGUACUUCUAAUAACAAUAGUGGAAAUAAUAGUGCCAGCAGUGGUGAUUGUAUAGACUCUAAAACAAUGAAGUCUAAUGCAAAAGAAUUAACACUGAUCUCAGCAAAACCAGAAGAUGGUCUCGCGUCGAAUUCUCAAACUCAGACAAGUGCGGCUGCUAGUGGUGGCAGCGGUAGUGGGAGCGCCGUUACCACUAGUCAUAGUGCUAAUGUUUCAAAAGAAUCAAAGCAUAAUACUUCAACAUUCGAUUCAAAACGUAAAGUGUCGAAAAACAAUCGACAACGGGAAGAAAACACAAAUAAAAAUUCAGAGACUCUACCAACCGAUAUAUCAGAUUCCAGCGAUUCGGAAGAAAACAAUAUUCCAUUCGUUGCAACAGCUGAAUGUAACUCACCUCACGAAGGACGUCAACUGGUUCAUACAAUACUACCGAUCAACAUUGAAACUUUGUUUAAUUUAUUGUUUUCCAAGUCGAAAUUUUUGCUAGAUUUUCAUGCAAUGCGUAAAUCAACAGAUUUGGUUUUUGGUGACUGGAUUAUGAAUGAAGACGGGCAGAAAACGCGUACUUUUAAUGUGACUGUGCAGUUGGCUGCUUCGGUUGGUCCAAAAACAUCCAAGGUUACGGAAUUUCAAGUGAUGCGAGAUUGUAGUAAACCUGGAGAACUGUAUUCCAUUGAUAUAAACAACGUCAAUGCCGGCAUUCCAUAUGCAGAUAGUUUUAGUGUUUUAGUACAUUACUGUCUAGUGAAGACUGUGGAUGAUCAUACAAUGCUCUCGGUUCAUGCCCAAAUCAAAUAUAAAAAAUCCAUUUGGGGUGUUGUAAAAGGUUUCAUAGAGAAAAAUACUUGGGCUGGUCUGGACGAUUUCUACACGUCGCUAUUGCAUUCAUUACAAAGCGAAACAUGCAUCCCACCGGCAAAGGGCAAAGGAAGACGUCCACGCAGGGGCACUGCUGCUCAAAUUCGUCCACUGGAAGAGAUGCCUAUAAUGCAAACAAAACCUGAGCCAGCGGACCACUGUGGUAUUGCACAAAGUAUUUCUACUCGCCAUCCAUCCGACAGUCCUGUUGUAGCAGUUGAAGCGACUACAAAAUUCAGGUGGCUGUCACUGUUUGUUCUUGUUCUAUUAUGUUUCCUCAUAAUUGUUAAUGUCAUAUUAUUGCUUAAAUUAUGGAAAUUAGAGGAGCGCAUUGAUGAAGACAUGUCCACUAGAGCACGUAUGCCAAAUUUAUCGGCUCUAAAGCAAUUGCCCAACAAUCAUGAAGAUUGGAUUGAAUUAUUGCACCAGCAGGAAAUUUUACAUGAAACCGAAUUGAAAAAGUGGCACACAGUAUUGCAGACCGCAAUUGAGUUGUUAAAAAAGACUGAAAGAACUUUGGCCGAACUUAUGUUUCGCUAAUAUAUUUCCACCUAUAGAAUAAGAUUUUCAUUUUAAGUUUUCUUUGAUUUAUUAUUUUUUUUGUUUUUGUUUUGCUUUGCUAAUAAAUAAAACCAAAAAUAUGUUAAUAGUCAAAUUGAAAAGUAAAAAAUAAAUGAAAUAUGUAUGUAUGUACAAUAUUUUCAUAAAAUGUUUCUAAUAAAUGAAAAAAUGUACUAUGUAACAACAAUUAUUGCUUUUGUCAUAAAUUAUAAUAUUUAUAGUUUUAUUAAUUUCCAAUUAUGUUGUUUAUUUGUUAAUACAUACAUCAUUUAUAAUUUAUGUAGUUUUUUAUGUACAUAUGUAAGUAAAUGGUUUUAAGUAUUAUUUUAUUUUUGUAAUGGUGCAUUUUUGUUUUGUUCUAAAAAAUAUUUAUACAUAUUUAGUAUACAUUUCAGUGCUAAAUACAAAUACCAUAGUAAUUAGUAAUUGUGUGAUUUAUUGUUUAUUAGACAAGUAGAAUUUAGUUUUAAAAUAAUUAUUAAUAAACUUACUUCUUACAUACUAUAGUAGAUAUAUUUUGUUACUAUUUACAAAUGUUGUUUUUGUGCUCUAAAAAACAUUAAGUAACAUUAAAGUAAUUGUUAUGUAAAUAUGGUAAAAUGCCUCACAGUUUAACAAUUCUUGUCCUACAUAGUUUAAUUUAAAAUAAAUACUUGGUUAUGUAAAUAUAUAUGUAUAUGUAUAUACAUAAUAAUUAGGAUUGUUUUUAUUUUAAUAUAUUUAUAGUAUCAUAGUAUCAUUAUUAUUUUGUCUGUCAUAAGCAGCACACGGAUAAUUUACUAUUUAAGAUAAUGGAAAACAAAUAAUAUUUUUGUAUAAACUAUUUUUUUAAUACAACUAUUUUUAAAUAAGAAAAAAAUAAAUAGAAAACAAAUUGGUAAAUCUAAAAUUUCACAAUUUAUAUAAAUAAAAAUCGAAUGCAUUAAUGUAUUUCAUAAUCCAUAAAAAACAUAAAUAAAGAAGGGAUUUAUUGUAUGUCAGUUACCAAUAGUAUUUAUCGUACAAGUAGAAAUAUAUUGUAAUUUAAAAAGGAAUAUUAACUAUUUCCUAAUAAAUAAAUGUAAAAAAUUAAUACUGACGCAUUUGAAUUUGUAUGUAUGUAUACACUUUUAAUUAAUAACAAUAAAAAUAAAUUUAGUUAAAAAGUAAGGCUUUGCAACAUCAAGUGAAUUAAAAUAAAAUAUAUUUCAAAAAUAAGAAA